GCUAGUUACUGUUGCCGUGUCUCUGCCGCUGCCAGGGCCAGGACAAAGGCACAUUAGCACGUGAUGGGGACGGAGCUUCAUAAAUGGGACCCGAGAGAAAGAGGGGGGGUGCGAGGAGCCAGGCUGGGAGGAGAGGCGCGGACACACACACUCAGCCGGGGCCGGGCGCGCAGCAGCUGCAGCCGCAGAGGAGGAGUGGGGGCGGCUUCCUCCCAGCCAGGGGCAGGAGGAGCACAUGGAGAGCAGCGCCCGGCGCGCUGCCUGAGCCUGCCUGCUGUCCUUCCCCAGCUCCCAGCACCGCCUCCUCUCCUCUCCCCGGCGCCCCGGGCCCGGCCGGGGCGGGGCGGCCCGCGUGCUCCCUGCUGGGAGGGAGCUGUAGUGAGCGCGGGAGCGCGUCUCAGUCCCGCCGAGGAGCCGCCGCGCCACUUGGCAAGAGCACGAGGCAGGCGAGAAGGAGCAGCGGCCCGGAGCAGGAGCCGAUGUGAAGGGAUUUCCUCACAUGUAUUUUUUCCCAAGUCUCUUUGAAUCCUACCUAAUACAAGACUGGGGUUAUGAAGUCGAUCCUAGAUGGCCUCGCAGACACAACUUUCCGAACAAUUACAACAGAUCUUCUUUACAUGGGUUCCAACGAUAUCCAGUACGAAGAUAUUAAAGGUGACAUGGCCUCCAAACUAGGAUACUACCCACAGAAAUUCCCCUUAUCUUCCUUCAGGGGUGAUCCUUUCCAAGAAAAAAUGACUGCAGGAGAUGAUCCCCUAUUAAGUAUCAUUCCAUCGGAUCAGAUCAAUAUUACAGAUUUUUACAACAAGUCCCUAUCCACUUUCAAGGAUAAUGAGGAGAAUCUACAAUGUGGGGAGAACUUCAUGGAUAUGGAGUGCUUUAUGAUUCUAAACCCCACCCAGCAGCUGGCCAUUGCAGUGCUGUCCCUUACCCUGGGCACCUUCACCGUUCUGGAGAACCUUCUAGUGCUGUGUGUUAUCCUGCACUCUCGAAGCCUCCGGUGCAGGCCCUCCUACCAUUUCAUUGGCAGCUUGGCAGUGGCUGACCUCCUGGGCAGUGUAAUUUUCGUCUACAGUUUUGUUGAUUUCCAUGUUUUCCAUCGGAAAGACAGUCCUAAUGUGUUUCUGUUCAAAUUGGGUGGAGUUACAGCCUCAUUCACUGCUUCAGUAGGCAGCCUUUUCCUUACUGCAAUAGACAGGUACAUAUCUAUACACAGGCCACUAGCUUACAAAAGAAUUGUUACCAGACCAAAGGCUGUCGUAGCAUUCUGUGUGAUGUGGACCAUAGCUAUCGUAAUAGCUGUUCUUCCUCUGCUCGGCUGGAACUGCAAAAAACUCAAUUCUGUUUGUUCAGACAUCUUCCCUCUCAUUGAUGAGACCUAUCUAAUGUUCUGGAUUGGGGUCACCACUGUACUCCUGCUGUUUAUUGUGUAUGCCUAUAUGUACAUAUUGUGGAAGGCUCAUAGUCAUGCUGUUAGAAUGAUUCAGCGUGGCACUCAAAAAAGCAUAAUAAUUCAUACCACAGAGGAUGGUAAAGUACAUAUUACUAGACCUGAUCAAACUCGUAUGGACAUCAGGUUAGCCAAAACCUUGGUCCUUAUUCUGGUGGUUUUAAUCAUAUGCUGGGGUCCUCUACUUGCAAUUAUGGUGUAUGAUGUCUUUGGGAAAAUGAACAAGCUCAUCAAGACUGUCUUUGCAUUCUGUAGCAUGCUCUGUUUGAUGAAUUCAACAGUGAAUCCCAUCAUCUAUGCUCUAAGAAGCAAGGACUUGAGACAUGCUUUCCGGAGCAUGUUUCCACCCUGUGAAGGGACUACGCAGCCUCUUGAUAACAGUAUGGAGUCUGACUGCCAGCACAAACAUGCUAACAAUGCAGGUAAUGUUCACAGGGCAGCUGAAAGCUGUAUUAAGAGCACAGUUAAGAUCGCCAAAGUGACCAUGUCUGUCUCCACAGACACAACUGCAGAGGCAUUGUAAAUCAAAGCCCUCUCAACGUUGUAAGAAUAGAAGUUUGUUUUAAACUAACAAAAAAUACAUGACUUAAAGCUUUUGUUCCCUCACCUGUAACAUUUAAGUUUGUCAUAAUAAGCUAUACAAUGAUUGUUUUAAGAAUCAUUGCCAUUGGCCAGUCCUCCAAGUUUAACAAUUAGGGAUUCAAACUACUUUAAAAAAAUAAAAGUUUUCAAUUAAAGAAAGUGCUCAUUGAAUAAUAAAGUAUAAAACUCUGGCAGAACGUACAGAAAAUGUCAAACUAGCAACAAUUCCUUCAGAAGUUACUGGGGGGGGAGUGGAGGGGAAUCUGAAAACUUGUGAAACCUAACUGAAAACUAAAACAUCCUAAAGCCAUGUCAUCAAAUAAGAAAAAGCCUUGUAAUCAUAAUGUUCAUUCCAUUGUGAAAUGUAUUAAAUGUCUAUAAGUCAUAGAAGUUUUCAUUUCUUUCCAAAAGCGGCAGUACUGAGUUUUAGAGGUUCUGUAAAAUGUGUUGUGUCCUGUGCAAUGUAUACUGUUUUAUUACUUGUUACUGAUAUUUGUCUAACUAAACCAAGUGAUAACGUAAAGUUGUGUGGAAAUAAUGUGAAAUAUGUGUUAUGUAAACCCCACUGAAAAUACCUUCUGUAUUUGAAGCACUCCUAUGAGCUAUUUUGGAAAUUUUACAUGUUUAGUCGGCUUCUGUGGAUUUAGAGGAAAGGCAUUGUAUUUCUUCAACUAAAAUUAUUUGACAUUUGAAAUCCCCAUUAAUUUUAACUUUCAUCUGUGUAGAAGAAUAACAGCAACAAGGGAAUAUAGACUAGCACUGCACAGAAAGGAAUGCACUGGUUCAGACUUUUAAAUACCACUGCGUUUAUACAUAAGGACAUUUAUUGUCUUACGGACUAUGCCUUUCUGGUGGGCAUUAUGUAAAUAUGAACACUAAAAAGAAAUGGUACUGGAUACUGGCUUCUUUAAUUGGCAACUGCUAGCACUGGACCUCUGAAAACAGCAUGUGUCAGAUUCAGUGUAUAAUGUUAUUACUGUGCAGUUGAUAUAUACUGGAACUGUGCUGUGUUCCUAUAUCCCAGGAUUAAACAGAUUUAAAGCCUGAGAUGCCAAACUCCAGUCUUCACUAAACAAGGAGCAAGUAUUGUCGAAAUUAGACAUUUUUUAUGUUUGAGCGUUUAUAUAAAUAAAUAUCUGUGUUUGUGUGUGCGCACACUUGUGUGUACGUAUACUAAGUAAAUGUGGGUCACAAUAGUAUUACUAAGAUAGGAAACUGUGCCCAAAUGUAAACUAUUUCUUGUUGCACUCUUUGCACAUGAAUUCUGUUCCUAAAAUUGAGUUCUUCCAGCUGAUCAGUGAUGAACUUACUAAUUGUAAGAUUCAGAACAUACUCGUUGAUCCACACUGAGAGACUUAUCCAUGUAUUAGAGAAAAUAACCUUUUUAGUUUUACUUGAGAACAAGGCAGAAAACAAUCAGGAGGAAAGGGUAAGAGGCAAAAUAUGCCAUGAACAAAAAUAGACAACAGAAAAUCAGUAUUUACAGUGUUAAAAAAAUUGAAUGUUGGAGAUAAGACUUUUUUUUUUUUCAAAAAAGUCCUUGAGUAUUAAAUCUAUUUGCUUGAAAUCAGGUGUGUCUCACUGUAAAAACAGGGUAUCAACCUGAAACCAUCAUAAUUAAGGCAAAGAAAGAGUUUUUAGAUCCAAAGGUGCAAUUCCAUUUUAUAAUGGAAAUUUUUAAAACCUUGGAUAUUUUUUAGUAAUUAAAUCGCCUUCUUGACAUGGAUAUUCUCUAAAUCUCAUUCUGAAUAAGAGCCAUUGAGCCUUAUUCUCCACUACCUGGUACAUUAGGUCAUAUUCUGUCCCCUGCUCCACCUGUUUUAUGCUAAAGCCGCCACAAAGCCAAGCUAGCCAACUAGCUACCCAAGGAUUCCCCCAAGACGGGGAAUCCCUCAGUGGCAUAGGGCUUGUGUAGCCAACUCUACACCACCUCUUCAUGCUCUAUGGGGAGGAGCUUAGGAAAGGAAGCAUGGCUAGAUCACUGAUGAUCUGUGGCUGCCAGAAUGACCUCUUGGACACUGUGGUAGCUGCUCACAAGUCAGAGCAGCCAGUAGCACCAAACACCAGACAGCCCCAGGAUUGUGGGGGGAGCAAGGGAGUGUCAUAUAGCCAUCUUUGCUCCCAACCCUAUCUAGGGUACUGUGCUGAGCAGAACUUGACUGGAGCUAAGGAUGUAGCUCCAUGUUUAGUCAUUUACAUCUGUGGUAUCUGAGUCCAAAUCAGAGAAGUUGCAUUUUACGGCUACUGUGCACUGGUGUAAAUGACUCCACAAGGUACAAAGCUGUGAAGAUUCAGGCCUAUUUCCUAAAGACUGGUCAUAGCAUGGCACUUUGUAAGAGCCCCAUCCUGCAAGGUUCUGAGUAAUUCCUGACAGAUACUGAGUUCCUGCCAUUCAUGCUUACCUGGGUGGGAGAGCAGGGUGCCUAGAACCCUGCGAGGAGGUCCACUGUACCUUGUAAGAGUAGGCCCAUGGGAUGACUAAAGGAUGAGGUUUCUCAGAGUAUUGCUCUACUUCUGGUGAAAUCUAACAAUGAAAGAGCUUUCUUUCCUUUCCACAAAUACAUUGUUUUUCAUGCAGCAGUCUGGGAGGAAAGAACACAAUGUCAAAUGAAAAGGUAUUUUAAGAGCCAUUUUUUGAAACUGUCUUCUUGUGAAUUCAAUGAAAAUUUUAUAAAUUUUUGUUGUUGUGGAUUCAAGUUCUAAAUUUUAUGUGAUAAAUCGUGGGACAAUGGGGCUGUCUUGGCACUAAACUUGGUGCUUAUUGAUAUAAGAAAUCACAUCCUGUGAAAUAUUCACAUAUCAAGAUCUUCAUUUACAUAUGAGUUUUUUAAAAGGUUUGUGGAUUAUAUUUCAUCUUAACAUCAUUUCUCAACUUAGGUGGCAAAAAAGUCCCUACAAAAUGUAAACUAAAUAAUUAUUAUUUCAUUAGAAAAUCAGUUCCUGUUCCUAGAUUUGCUGUACUUAAACUUCUGCCUAAGGUAGUCCUAUUUUGCAAUUGCCCACCUUCCUUUGGUGAUGGCACAACCAACCCAAAUAGUAUUCCACAACCGCCCCCACUCUCAUAAAAUGAAUAACUCUGUAGUUACAGUUCGGUGUAUUUAUCAACUUUAAGUGUUGUAUAUCUAUAAAAGAGACCAUCCAUAUCAUGUGCAAAGUUAGAUUCUCAACGAUCUAAUUGUAUAUUUGUAUAAUAUCGUAUCUCCUCGAUGCUGUGCAAUCACUGUCAAAGUUUUCUUGCACUGGCCUUCUAAUGAAAAUGUUAAGAUGCCUAUUGUAAGAUAAACAGAACAUUUUACCUGCUGUUAUUGGGCUGAAUGUAUGUAAAUAAGUAACAAUAAAAAAGUCAUCUGUACAAGCAGUGGCCUAAAAAGUCUGUAAUUUUAGGAUAGGAUUGAAGUUGCUGUGACAUCUGAAAAGCUACCUUUGAAUAAACUGUUUACAGGGCCUCUUGGGAUGCAAUGUCAUAGAGAAAGGAAAGUCUUUCUUUGUGACAAUAUGCCAUAGAGAAAUUGGAUUACCAGAGCUUUUAUUUCCAAUGUUUCAAAGUGGAGAACAUAAUUCUUUAUUGUCUGUAAAUCUAACAUUAUUACUUCCUCUUAGAAGAAUAUUGUAUUGUUAGAUGUUUGUUUGAGCUGGUAACAUCCUUGCAACUGCUGCAAUAUCUUUCUGUUAGCAACCUGUAUGAUACUUUGUACACAAGUACUGGUAAGAUUGUCAUUAACAGUAGCUUCGACCAUUUAACUACCUAUAGCAGAAUAGUAUUUCUGUAAUAUUUCCAAUGUAUUACUACCAUGCCAUAUUUUAUUUCUAUAAUGUAAUUAAACUGUUAUUUAUUCAAAGAGAAAGUAUUCCAUUAUGUUUGUUUUCCAAAAGUCAAAAUUACUGAGUGUACCCCAGAAGAUGCCACUUCAUCCCACAAUCUGGGGCUGUAGAUUUUAUUUAUAAGGGUUUUUUUCCCUUGUCAAAUGUGUAAACAACUGGUUAUAUACAACAGUUGUCAAGAUUCAUGCAUCUUCAUUGUAUUUGCGUUUCUUUGGGGGUCGAGGGUAGAUAAUAUAUAAAUAAAUAUAUAAAUUUUA